AUUAGGAAGUUUCUUCUUGUUCCGAGUCGAACAUAGAAAAAUACAUUCCCAUAUACCACCCAGAUUUAUUCAUCUCCUACACAUACGCCAUUGUUGAUCAUCAAUUCGAAUCCUCCCUGAUUGAUCUCCGCGCGUCCGAUCCAUAAUACCCGAAAUUCGUAUUAUGGCGUCGGAGAUCGAAAUUGUGGAGGAGGUGGAAUCGAGGGAUCACCAUCCAACCAACUCCUCCGCCGCGCCGGAGGGUGAGAGCUUGAGGAACGAUGUUUACACUGCCGCUGCCUACGGGGAUAUGGAGAAGCUCCAGAGAUUAGUGGAGACUGAGGCUUGCUCCGUCGCCGAGCCCGACGCCCUAGGCUACUACGCCCUCCAGUGGGCGGCGCUUAAUAAUCGAGCGGCCGCAGCUCAGUACAUUAUUGAGCAUGGAGGGGAUAUUAAUGCACGUGAUCAUACUGGACAAACAGCUCUGCAUUGGAGUGCAGUUAAGGGUGCAAUUCAGGUUGCUGAACUUCUUCUGCAGGAGGGUGCACGUGUUGGUGCAGCUGAUCUUAAUGGUUAUCAGACAACACAUGUUGCAGCACAGUAUGGUCAGACGGCUUUCCUUUGUCACAUUGUCACAAAGUGGAAUGCUGAUGCUGAUAUUCCUGAUAACGAUGGAAGAAGCCCAUUGCACUGGGCUGCUUACAAGGGAUUUGCUGACUGCAUUCGCCUUUUGCUGUAUCUGAAUGCUCAUAGACUGCGGAAAGAUAAAGAAGGUUGCACCCCUCUGCACUGGGCUGCCAUUAGGGGUAACUUAGAAGCAUGCACUGUUCUGGUGAUGGCAGGGAAGAAAGAAGAUUUGAUGGUAACAGAAAAUACCGGCCUUACACCUGCACAGCUUGCUGCUGAUAAAAGUCAUAGACAAGUUGCAUUUUUCCUUGGAAAUACUAGAAGGUUGUUUGACAAACGAUGGGAUAACAACAGCUUUCUCGGCAGGCUUUCAAAACUAGGACUUGCUCCCUUUCUUUGGUGUAUAAUUCUAAUGAUGCUUGCAACAUAUAUAUGUUCAGUUAUUACAGCUUCAAAUCUGCCAAGGUUAACAGCUGGCUUUGGUCUUUUUGCCUGGAUGGGUGUGUUCUUGGCAUCAAUAGGUCUAGUUUUCUUUUAUAGAUGUAGCAGCAAGGACCCUGGCUUUAUCAGAAUGAAUGUACAUGAUCCAGCAAACAUGAAAGAUGAUGAGCCUUUGCUGAAGAUCGAAAUAAAUAAUCCUGUUUUAAUUAAUGGAAAUUGGUCUCAGCUUUGUGCAACUUGCAAGAUUGUUAGACCUCUUCGUGCCAAACAUUGUUCCACCUGUGAUCGUUGUGUCGAGCAAUUCGACCAUCAUUGCCCAUGGGUGUCCAAUUGUGUUGGCAAGAAAAACAAGUGGGAUUUUAUCUUCCUUCUUGUUCUCGAAGUUCUGGCAUUGCUGAUAUCUGGCUCUGUAGCUUUGACAAGGGUUUUGACAGACCCAGUGGCCCCAUCUACCUUUGGUGCCUGGUUGAGCCAUGCUGCUAAUCAGCAUGUUGGCCUUUUAGCAUUUUUAGCUGCGGAUGCUUUCCUCCUUUCUGCUGUCGGAGUUUUGACUUGCGUGCAGGCUUCUCAGAUUGCUCGCAAUAUAACGACAAAUGAAAUGGCAAACAUGCUGAGGUACAGUUACCUAAGAGGACCAGAUGGUCGAUUUCGUAAUCCAUUUGAUCAUGGCUGCAAGAAGAACUGCACAGAUUUCCUGAUAAAUGGUUAUAACGAAGACAUAGAGAAUGUUGAAGAACCAAGGGAAUCUGAAGGAAUCGGGAUGAUAAAUAUGACACGGGAUGCAAACCAUACGAAUGGUGUGAACCAUACUCAUCAACCAAACCAAAACGGCCAUGUAGUAAUUGAUGUGAACAAGACCUCUAAUACACAUCAGGGUCACAUUCAUUCUUCUCAAUGCAGCCACAGCCACAGUCACAGUCCCAACCCCAGCACCAGCCACACCCAAAGGCACAAUCAAAGUCACAGUAAUAGUCAUGUCCCUGCAGGGCUGGGCAUCGGAUUAGGCCGAAAUGUUUCUCAUGCUGCUGUGGUAUCAUGAUAAGAUGAUGUUUACUGUAGGUGAAUGGUCGCCUAACGUGAUCUGCAACUGGCGACUGCAUUUUGUGUCCUGCUCAAUCAUCUUGAUUUUUUCGUCCCUUGUAUAAAAUUUUGUUGUAUGUUGUAGCAUUCGACAUGGUUUAUUUCCCAUAUUAGCCUUGCCCACCUCUUUCAGUGUGCACUGGCUGCACCAUAGGAAUUGGGAUACAUGUGAAGAAAAAGAAUACUAUGAAUAGUCUGCAUUUUAAUACCUAUUGUCACUAGAUA